AUGGCUACUGGGGACGUACAAGAAGAUGGGACCACUGCCUCCAUUGAUGCCGCACUGAACAACGCCGUUGCGAGCGCGGUGAAGCAGGACGUUGACAGCGACGACGUGGAUAAUGCGGCAAGUUUCAUGAUCGCGCCGUCGACAUCGUCGCUCUCCUCCAAAGGAAAAAAGAAGAGCAAGGACAAACUGCAUUCGACAGCGGCAGCGCCGAUUGCGGGAGGCGUUCAGUAUAGCUCGACGAUCACCAUUGGGCCGAAGUCCUCCAGUGCACCAUAUCAGCCGCGUCUGUCAUCGUCUUCGCGCUCCGCGCACAGCGGUCGACAAGUAAUCGCCGACGCUUUCAAGCGCACCGAACCGCUUUUAGGCGGUGCGGAUGGAGACUGCAGCAGCGUGUACUUUCCAAGUGGUCUGUCGAUGAACGGGCAGUACAAGACAAUCCCCGAGGAGUACGCCGAGUACCGCGAGCGCAACAACGUGAGGUGCAACUACAGAGGGCCUGUUUACGUGGUCGAGAAUGUGUGCGUGCCGUGCAACGCCUGUGGCAGCCCUGUUGACCCUGUCCGACGCGUACCGGUUGGCUCCCUUUUCUUCCACGAAACCUGCCUUCACUGCUUCCUGUGCAGGCGUCGCACCGGUGUUGCAGGUCUGUACCUGCAAGUUGAUCGCCAAGCUGUGUGCAGCGAGUGCGCCGCUCGCGGCUACGGGUCAUGGGUGCCACGCCACGAAGCUCAGUCGCGCGGCAUGGUGUAUGGUGCUAUACGUGGCGAUAUAUAUGCCGCUAUAGAGGCCCAUGACCGCAACGUUGAGCAGAAGCAACGGCGCACUGCUGGCCGGCCCAUCACAGGAGGUGGCGCUUCCUCGACGCUGAACAAGGCUACCAUACCGGGUGUGCUACCGCCGUCUCUCGCCAUCGCUAACGUGCACAACCACCGGAACACCAGUGCCCGAUCCUUUGCACUGAUGAAACGGCAACAGUACUAUACCCAGAGCGACAACAACAUGAUUAUGGCGUUGCCUACCUCGGCGGCGCGGUCGCCUUGUGCGACUGGUGGUCUCCAGGAUAUCACUGCGACGCGGCAGUACCGCAUCGCCAACGGACGACACGCGUGA